AUGCGUGCAAGUUCCAUUGAUAUUCAUCCGAAUGCAACAUGGUCACAGAAUGGUAUCACUGUUGCUGGAGGAAAUGGAGAUGGCAGUGAAACCGAUCAACUCUAUGGUCCAUAUGGUUUGUAUGUCGAUGAUGAUCAAACGAUUUAUAUCGCUGAAAAUCUGAAUGAUCGUAUUGUGGAAUGGAAAUCUGGUGCAACGAAUGGGAAAGUAGUUGCUGGUGGAAAUGGAAAGGGUAAUGGAGCUCAUCAGUUAAACUACCCAUAUGAUGUGAUUAUCGACAAAGAGAGCGAUAGUCUCAUCAUCAGCGAUGGAUGGAAUAAUAGAGUAGUUCGUUGGCCUCGUCGAAAUGGUACUCAUGGAGAAACAAUUAUUUCAAAUAUCUUUUGCUGGGGUUUGACAAUAGACGACAAUGGUUAUCUCUAUGUCGUUGACAAAGGAAAACAUGAAGUGAGACGAUAUAAAAUGGGUGACACUAAAGGAACAGUAGUUGCAGGUGAUAAUGGAAAAGGAAAUCGUCUCGAUCAACUCUCUUAUCCCAGCUACGUAUAUGUCGAUCGAGAUCAUUCAGUUUAUGUGUCUGAUUAUUUGAAUGAUCGUGUAAUGAAAUGGGAACAAGGUGCAAAACAAGGCAUUGUCGUAGUCGGUGGUCAAGGAGAAGGAAAUAGUCCUACACAAUUGAGUAGUCCUCAAGGAGUCAUUGUUGAUCAAUUGGGUACUGUCUAUAUGGCUGAUUCUGGGAAUCAUCGAAUCAUACGUUGGCCAAAAGAAACCACACAAGGAAGUGUCGUUGUUGGUGAAAAUGGUCCAGGAGCACAGUCGAAUCAACUCAAUUGUCCCAUAGGUUUAUCGUUUGAUCGACAUGGUAAUCUCUAUGUCGUUGAUAGGGACAAUCAUCGAGUACAAAAAUUUAAUAUCGCAUGA